CGGCACCUCUAGUUUUGACGACGGUGGUGCGGAAGCGAUGCCGGAUUUUUGCGGCGGCGACUCCGGUUUUGACGGUGGGGUUGCGAAAGCGGUGCCGGAUUUUUGCGGCGGCGACUCCGGUUUUGAUGACGGUUGUGCGGAAGCGCUGCCGGAUUUUUGCGGCGGCGACUCCGGUUUUGACGGCGGUGGUGCGGAAGCGCUGCCCGAUUUUUACGGCGGCGCCUCCGGUUUUCACGGCGGUGGUGCGGAAGCGCUGCCGGAUUUUUGCGGCGGCAACUCCGGUUUUGACGGCGGUGGUGCGGAAGCGCUGCCGGAUUUUUACGGUGGCGACUCCGGUUUUGACGGCGGUGGUGUGGAAGCGCUGCCGGAUUUUUACGGCGGCGCCUCCGGUUUUCACGGCUGUGGUGCAGAAGUGCUGCCGGAUUUUUGCGUCGGCGACUCCGGUUUUGACGGCGGUGGUGCGGAAGCACUGCUGGAUUUUUGCGGCGAGGACUCUGGUUUUAACGGCGGUGGUGCAGAAACGCUGUCGGAUUUUUGCAGCAACGGUACUGGAUUCACAGCGGUGACGACAAUAUUUUUGCACUGAUUGGAGGUGGAACAUUGACAUAGAGAAGGUACCGCCAAAGCAGUGGUGCAUUUUGAAGUGGCGUGAACGUGACGCCGCUGGGACGCCGUGACUUUGGAGGCGAGGGGAAGUAACGAGAGAACGCCGCAAAAUUGUUGGAAGGUGAUUGUAUGAUGAAAAGGUAGGUAGAAGAAUGCUUGCUAUGGAGACUGACCUUGCCUGUUGGAGAAAAGAAAAAGGAUUGUCUUCCUUUACUUCUUACAUGCCUGCAUGUCAAAAAUGAUUCGUUUGUUUUGAAAAACGUUAAAUUUGUGUGCACCGUAAAAUGAAUUUGCUUGAAAUAA